AAGCGGAAGUGUUGCUCGUAUACAACGCAACUUUCUGCUCAAUCGUGAUGUUUAAAUGAGGUCAUCUCGGGAUUUUUAAAUCUUAUACAGAGACAUAAAAUUGAAUAAACGCGAUCGAAAGUCAUGUCCUCUGAUGCUGUGAAGAAGAGAAUGCCAAAGGUGAUCCAAAAUGAAGGAGGAACUCCAGACACCAAACGGGGUAGAGGAGAGGGUGAUCAGGAUGUGCGUGUGUAUAAUGAGGAGGUGGAGCUGGAGGGCAGAGAGCCGCAGCAGGAUUAUAUGCUGUAUAAAAACACGUGCGCCUCUCUGGCCAAACUGAUGGCUGAAAUCCAGGAGCUGAAAGCCGGCGGUGCUAAAGAUGGGAGCAUUAAGAUCGAGGAGAGACGCAGACAGAGCACUGUUCAUUUCAUUACUCUGAAGAAACUGAACCGACUGGAACACAUGAGGCUGAAGAAAGGGCGGGAUCAGACAAAUGAGGCGAAGCAACGAGUGGAUGUUCUUCACCUGCAGCUUCAGAAUCUACUCUAUGAGGUCAUGCAUCUGCAGAAAGAGAUUGGCAAAUGUCUGGAGUUUAAGUCUCAGCAUGAGGAUAUCGAGCUGGUCAGUGAGGAGCAGUUCUUCCAGGAAGCUCCAGCAGAGAUCUCACGCCCUCGCGUCACCCAGGACGACCAGCACCAGCUCACACUCGCCCGCCUGGACUGGGAGUUGGAGCAGAGAAAGAGGUUGGCGGAGCAGUACAAGACAUCUCUGUCCAGUAAGGAGAAAAUCCAGAAGGCUAUUGAGCAGAAGAGAGAGUAUCUAACUAGCCUUCAGCCCGGGCUGCAGAACAUCAUGCAGGCGUCUCUCCCAGUGCAGGAGUAUCUGUCGAUGCCAUUUGAGCACACACAGAAGCAGGCAGAUGUGGCCCGUCACCUGCCUCCCCCUCUCUAUGUGCUGUUGGUCCAGGCGAGUGCUUAUGGACAGGCCUGUGACAAAAAUCUGUCUGUAAACAUUACUGGAGAUGUGGACGAGGCCAAAGCCCUCUCUAGACUGCCGGAGGAGUCACAAGAUGAUGAAAGUGAUUCAGACGCUGAAGAGGAGCAACAGAACACAAAGCGUCGGCGAGCGACUGUUGGCGUUCAGCUGGAUGACAAACGUAAAGAGUUGCUCAGACGUCACCCUCUCUCGCUCUGCGUGGACCUCAAGUGUAAAGAUGGGAGUGUUCUGCAUCUGUUUUUCUGUUAUCUCAUGAAUCUAAACAUUCUGACUGUGAAGACUAAAGUUUACACCCCUGUUGAUCUGUCUGGGGCCGUUAGCAGCGGGGAGCUGUUGAACACGGAGAGUUUGUUGGACUGUCUUUAUGCGUCUGAUCAUGGCAAAGAGACGCCAAACCCUGCCAACCGCUACCAGUUUGAUAAAGUCAGUAUCACAACGUUUGCAGAUUAUGUGUCAGACCUUGGACAUCCAUAUAUUUGGGUGCAGAAACUCGGAGGGCUGCAAUUCUCCACUGAGGGCGGACAGUCUGAGCUGUUGGGCAGUGCUCUGAGUGCCAGUCACAUGGAAAGAACCAUGAAACUGCUGAGUGGAAGACUGCUGGCGCGAUUGGCACUACACAAACAGCUCUGUUCACUGGAGCACAGAAUCAUUCCCGUUUCCAGUGAGUGCCAGCAUCUGUUCCCUGCUAAAGUGGUUUCGGGUCUCACACGCUGGACCAUGAUGAGCUACCAGGAAUUCACUGAGCUGGGUUUCGUGCAGCACGUGUUGAAGGCUGGUCUGGUGUGCGAGACAGAUCUGUUCUUCAUGGCCAUUGUGGAGAGAGGCACAGCUCGUCUAUUGGCCGCUGUGGUGUUGAACCCUCGUUACCCAGAGGUCACGCCUCUCUUCUCGCUCUCUCUGCACUGGAAAGGAGAACGCAGCAGCCAGACUGAUGAUAACCUGCGGGCAAUUGAGAGCGAGGUUAAUAUGUUUCGGUCCGAGCUGCAGGGGCCACGCCCAGGCCUCCAGCUCCUGACCAAUCAGAUCCAGCGUCUGUGUGUGUGUCUUGAUGUUUAUCUGGAAACUGAGAGUCAAGUGUGUGAUGGAUCAGAGGGACCUAAAGAAUUCCCUCGAGAGAAGAUGUGUUUGCGCACGGCCAGGGGUCCCAGUCGUCUAAAGCCCUUCAAGUUCAAUCACCCCCAGGGCUUCUUCAGUCACCGCUAAAUCUGGAUCUGAGAAUGAGAGAGGCUGAUUUCGUGUUAUUAGGACAGAUCUUGUCAUCUCAACCUCUUUUCUCUCCCAUUUUUAUCUGAAAUUUUUUAGGCAAUAUCAUGUUGGAUUAGAAAAUAAAACUUUUU